AUGUCUUUGCCUGGUUUUGAUAUGAAGGCUGAGGGUAAAAAGCUGGGAUUGGUUGGCUGGGUCCAGAACACUGACGAGGGCACAGUGCAAGGACAAUUGCAAGGUCCCAUCUCUAAAGUGCGUCAUAUGCAGGAAUGGCUUGAGACAAGAGGAAGUCCCAAAUCACACAUCGACAGAGCAAACUUCAGGAAUGAGAAAGUCAUCGUAAAGUUGGAUUACUCAGAUUUCCAGAUUGUGAAAUAA